AUGACCCUACUAUGGGUGACAAAAGAGUACGCGGACCGCAACGAAUGGAAGGUAUUCUUCUCCGCGACCCAAACUGUCUACGGUCCACCGACCAAAGGCACUGCUCUCCUCCUCAGCACCGACAGAAGUACCCUAUUCACCCAGAAGACAAAUUCAACAACGAUGGACCGAGCACUUCCGAGGCGUCCUCAACCGUCCCUCCACCAUAUCCGAUGCCGCAAUCGCCCGUCUGUCGCAAGCGGAGACCAACGUCGACCUCAUACUCCCGCCCUCUCUCCACGAAACCAUCAGGACCGUGCAGCAGCUCUCCAGCGGGAAAGCGCCCAGAUCGGAAGCGAUAGCUGUUGAGAUCUACAAGUACUGUGGCCCCCAACUCAUGGAUCAUCUGGCUGCGCUCUUCCAGGAGAUGUGGCGUCAAGGAGGGGUCCCACAGGAUUUCAAAGAGGCCACAAUCGUGCAUCUAUACAAGCGGAAAGGAAACCACCAGCUCUGCGACAAUCACCGAGAUAUCUCCCUGUUGAAUAUCGUCGGGAAAAUCUUUGCUCGCGUCCUUCUCAACCGUCUCAACAACCACCUAGAACAAGGUCUUCCGCCGCCAUCGUGGGACCAUAGACAUAGUCUUCGCCACCAGCCAACUUCAGAAGAAGUGCCAAUAGAUGCGGAUCCGCCUAUGCUCUACCUUCGUGGAUCUGGCGAAAACCUUCGGCACGGUGAAUCGCGAAGGAUUGGAAAAUCAUGCAGAAAUUCGGCUGUCCCGAGCAAUCCACUUGGCUGGUUAUUCAGCUCCGUGAUGGCAUGGCGCCGCGCAGCUCAUUUUCAAAGAUAA